CAAUGGGAGAAGGAAACCAAACCUCUGUGGCUGAGUUUAUCUUCCUUGGCCUUUGCCAGGACUUGCAGACCCAGAUCCUGCUAUUUGUGCUUUUCCUCGUCAUUUAUCUCUUGACUGUGCUUGGAAACUUGCUCAUCAUCAUUCUCAUCUUCAUGGAUUCUCGACUUCACACGCCCAUGUACUUUUUCCUGGUAAACCUCUCUUUUGCAGAUCUCUGUUUCUCUACUAGCACUGUCCCUCAACUGUUGGUCCACUUCCUGGCAAGGAGGAAAAUUAUUUCUUUUUUUGGGUGUAUGACACAGAUUAUUGUCUUACUUCUAGUCGGGAGUACAGAAUGUGCAUUGCUGGCGGUGAUGUCCUAUGACCGGUAUGUGGCUGUCUGCAAGCCCCUGCACUACUCCACCAUCAUGACCCAACAGGUGUGUCUCCAGUUGGCCAUAGGAUCCUGGGUCAGUGGGGCAUUAGCGUCUCUGGUGGAUACCACCUUUACUUUCCAACUUCCAUAUCGAGGACAGAACAUUAUCAAUCACUUCUUUUGCGAACCUCCUGCCCUCCUGAAGCUGGCUUCUGCAGACACCUACAGCACAGAAAUGGCCAUCUUUGCAAUGGGUGUGGUCAUCCUCCUAGCACCUGUCUCGCUGAUCCUCGUCUCCUAUUGGAAUAUCAUCUCCACUGUGACCCAGAUGCAGUCUGGGGAAGGGAGGCUCAAGGCCUUCUCCACCUGUGGCUCCCAUCUCAUUGUUGUUAUUCUUUUCUAUGGGUCAGCAAUUUUCACCUACAUGCGGCCAAACUCCAAGACUACAAAAGAGAGGGAUAAGAUGAUACCUGUGUUCUAUACAGUGGUGACUCCAAUGUUGAAUCCCAUAAUUUAUAGCCUGAGAAACAAGGAUGUCAAAGGGGCUCUCAGGAAACUAGCUGGAAGAAAGUCAUUUUCUUAG